UUCUUUCUUUUCCGUUCCUUCCUUCCUUGUUGUGAAUGAGAGGCGAGCAUGACGUCAGCAAAGCAAUGUCAACAAUGCAGCCCUUGGAGGAGAAAAGGCGUUCCAUCCUAACGCGAACAGAAAGCCGUCCACGACGCACCGAUUGAUUGAUGCAUCUAGCCCAUUCAAAUGGCGAUUGGUGUUCUUCGACGAAAGCGGGGAUUGAGCACGAUGCAGACCUACUUUGGUUUGUGAGAACCAACCGUGGGCGAGCGAGCGAGCGAGAGGGCAGAAAAGGGGCGCCACCGGGAGUGAUGUCGACGGGGGACGAGCAGGAGGCAGAGGCAACCGUGCCCGUAUACGUGUACGAGUCCAAGGUUCACUGCGCCAAUGUUUUGUUGAGCCUGGAAGAGCAGCGGCGACAGGGCGUCCUGUGCGACGUCACCGUGGUGGUGGAGGGCAGGGAGGUCCGAGCGCACAGGGCCAUCCUCGCUGCCAGUAGCCGCUACUUCCUGCAAGCCCUGCUGGGAUACAACGGCCCGCCGGGGGAACCCGUCAUUAACCUCCCGGACAAGGUUAGCGCAAAGGGCUUUGCCCCGCUGCUCCAGUUCGCCUACACGGCCAAGCUGCUUUUAAGCCGGGAGAACAUCCACGAGGUCAUCCUGUGCGCCGACUUCCUGGGCGUCCACAAUCUGGAGGAUUCUUGUUUCCGCUUUCUUCAAGCCCAGCUCCAGAAUGACACGCAACGGAGCGGCAAGAAGGAAUACAGCAAUGAAUUUUGCGAGCCGCGCCAUUCCGCAGACGGCGGGCAGCACGGCAGCAAUGUAGCAACCGCAAAGCCACUUCCGACCGACCUUCCCGGGUAUCGGCACGACGGCGAGGGCCGUGACGACGACGCCAUCUUGGCCAGCCGUCACUCCGGCAGCCCCGUAAGCUCGCAGCUCACCGACUGCAGCGAUGGCACCACGCAAGCGCUUAUCAGCCCCUCGCACAUCAAAGAGGAACCCAUCUUUGAGGACGAAAGAGACGACGGGCGCGCGUGCAACCGAGAUUUGUCCAUGGAAGAGGUGCUAGAGAUGGAGUUAGAAGUGGAAGGGGUUCCCGUAGCGGCCGAGUGCUCCCCGAGCCACAGCGGCGGCAGCGGUGGUGGCGGCGGCGGCGGCGGCUCGCCUUCAUCCUGCCUGCGCUCGCCUUCGUCCUGCCUGCGCUCCUACCUCCAAAGAGGGGGACUGGAUCUCAGCGGCGUGCCGAGCGCCACCAUCGAGCAGCUGCUGUCCAACAGACUGUCCCUCAGCCACUACAGGGAGAUAGUCAAGCACAGACACAAGGACAAAAGGGAAGCGGCCAGCGCACCGCCGGAUGUAGCGGGAGCAGCGCUGUGUGCCGGCAAAGCCGCCGCCGCCGCCGCCUCCUCCUCCUCCUCCUCCUCCUCUUCCUCCUCAACAACCUCAGGGGAGCUCGAUAGACGCAGUGUCAUUUUCUCCUCAACAGUAAGUGAUCAUCAUCAUCCCCACCACGGGGGGGAUGACAAAGUCCCGGGCUCGGAUACGACGUCUUGUGGCAGCUCGCGUCUGAUCCCAAACUGCGUCAAGACGUGGCGCUAUUCCCCCGUCCCGUCGGAGCCCCUGACUCAGACUUGCAGCUCCCACUCUUCUUUCUCGUACGCAGAGGACGGGGGAAGCGGCAGCAGCCCACCUUCUUCCAACCUGCAACAAUUGGACUUCUCCCUUUCCCCUCUGCCGCCGCCGCCGCUGCACUCUGGCUGCAGGUCUGAACUCUCUCAGUGCCUGGUGAGCAGGGACGAGGCCAGGGAGCUCCACGGUGGUGGAGAGCUUGUCUUUUCUCAGGGUUGCGCCAAGAUCAAAAGUGAGCAGGGAUUCAGCGCCAGCGGUGGAAAUUCCAGCGACGAGUCGGGGGGCUCUUUCUCCGAGGGAGACAGCGAAAGUGGCAUCAGAGUAUCCGGUCCUGAGGUAAAGCUCCCUUUUCCGGUGGACCAGAUCACCAACUUGCCACGCAAUGACUUCCAGAUUCUCAUCAAGAUGCACAAACUGACCUCAGAGCAGCUGGAGUUCAUUCACGACAUUCGCCGUCGCAGUAAAAACCGGAUCGCCGCCCAGCGCUGUCGUAAACGGAAGCUGGACUGCAUCCAGAACCUGGAGAGCGAGAUCCGCAAGUUGGUGUGUGAGAAAGAAAAACUGCUGAGCGAGCGCAACCAACUGAAGGUGUGCAUGUCUGAGCUGUGGCAGAACCUCUCCUUCCUCUCCCAGCAAGUGUGCCGAGAUGUGCAGGACAGCCGCUCGCUUCCUCUCUCCGGCGCUAUGGACGAGGCCCCCUACCGCGCUCCAAAGUCGACGCUCGGAGUUGGAAGCGCGUCGGCGGGCGAGAGCAAGGAUGGGCAGCCGGGGGCGGAGCUCUCGGCAAAAGGCCCGCUGGCGUUUGAGGAGAUCUACAGUCCCAGCGUAACUGUGGAUUUCUGUCAGGAAAUGAUUCAGAAAUGCACGACGGAAGAACAGAAGAGACACGACGGCACUUAAAGUUCAGUCGUAAGUGCCGGCGGGCGGGCGCCUUCCUAUCUAUCUAUCUAUCGGUCGAUCGAUCGAUCUGUAUGUAGAUGUUUCAAAAGGAAGGGACAGCAAAAUGGUUCUCCCAGCAAUACUCCUCCACAGGUAUCUUUUCCCAAAAUGACGGGCAGCUUUUGACUGUUUGUUCCUCGGCUCGGCUCGGCUCGGCUCGGCUCGGCUCGGCUCGGCUCGGCUCGGCUUUCCUCCUUCCUGCGGGCAUUGCAGGAGGUUCAACUCAGGAAUUUCUCCGAAUGUUCACCCAAGUCCUUUUGACAGCAAAUCUGGCAAGUUGACCACCUUGAAGUACAUACCUCUUUUUUUCUCAUUUGAUUGACAAUCUUGGGCUCCCAAUUGACAUUUGCGUCCUGCAAAUAGUGGCCAUGCAAAGCGGCUAAGACGCCGAGCCUUUUUGCCCCAUGCUACUUGCCGUGGCCACAAACUUUGUGGCAUAUGUCGUGUGCGUCGGUGGCUGGUCCAAAUUGUGCUCGGGAUCUCAUUGUUGUCCCAGGCUGUAUGGUGGGACUAGGGCACUUUUUUUUGUUUUUGUUUUUCUUGGGUUGCUCCCAUUUUGGUGGUAAUAACAGCCUUGCCAUGGGAAGUGUGUCCCUACAGGUAAGUGACACUUUCUUUUGCAUUGUCACAUUUUGGAUGAUGUGGUUGUCUGGCGCUAAUUUUGUUUAGAUCACUUUUGGCCUUCACAGCUCAAUUGAGGCACCAUGGUGGCUGGCUGGCUGGCUGGCUGGCUGGCUGGCUGGCUGGCUGUCUGGCUGGCUGUCUGUCUGGCUGGCUGGCUGGCUGGCUGGCUGGCUGGCUGGCUGGCUGGCUGGCUGGCUGGCUGGUGGGAGGUCAGUUCAAACAAAACACAGCAACAUUUGUUGUUGUUUUUAAGUUCCCUUGAUAUGACUUUCCCGCAAAAUAACAUUUGGUUGAAAUCUGCCCAGUUCCAUCAUAGGAGCGCUAAAUGGCCAAUGUAUAUUAUGUCAGUAAAUGGGGUUUCAAAUCUGCUCCCCCAAGCCAGCGCUCAUUUUGCCUUUGCGACGCAAAUGCCAGCGUCGCGAUUGGUCGUAGGUUUGCCAACUGCCAUGCCUGCCUGCCUUCCUGCCUGCCCGCCUGCCUGCCGUUUGCAGCAAUUUUGCGCAUUGGGCCAAUGGCGUGCGUCUUGGGUGCAGCAGUGCUCAAUAGCGCAACUUCCACAUCUGUUUGUCAACUUUGUGUUUUUUAAAAACAUGGUUGGCCAUUCAGCCUGAAUGAGGAUAUUAGGAGCUGGGUGAGUCCCAAGCUAUUUGAAGAUGUCCCGCCCACACUUUGCCAAAUGUGUUACUCAACACCCUGAUCUGGAGGCUUCAUUGACGAGUGUUGAUUUGAGUUUUGUUCAGCAGUGUUCUUAGAAGUUUGGGUUUUGCUUGAAAAGGGUUAAGGAAGAGUCUACUGCUGAAACAAGUAGAAUGUCAAAGGACAUGCAUGUCUAUUUGAUUUGAUUUGAUUUGAUUUGAUUUGAAUUUGAGCUUCCCAAAACAGCCUAGUACAACUUUGUGGAGCUUUUCUUGAGGCACAAUCCAUCUCAACUUGUCUGUAAUUGACUCAAGACUUUGCUGUUAAAGGGGGAUUGCAUACAUUUGAGGAAAUGGUCAAAAAGAGCAAGUGUCAUUAUGCAACAUUUCUACAUCCAACUGUCUUUGUUGAAUGGAUGUGCCUAUUUCGUUGUUUUUCUUUGAAACUUGGCAUAUGCCUAACGAUGGAUGGAACUUACUAAAUGUUUUCAUUCAAACAAUAUUCCUUCCGCACGUGCCUAUCUUAACAUUGCUCCGAUCCAUCUUCCCAAUGAUGCACAAGUGUUUUGUCCCCCAAGUAUCUCACGAGUUAUCGUGCUCCUCACAAUUCUGUAACUCUAUUUUGAAUGUUUUGAUGACGUCGCUCCAAUGAAAAGUAAUCCGUUUGUCUGGCCGUGGGUAGCCUUUCAUAUUUCUUCAAUCAAUUCCAAUGAUGAUGGGAUGCUAAAAAUAUUGAUCCGAUUAGGCCUUGGGUGUUCACGCGGAACAAAUCACGUUGACGUGCGCAGAUCGACAAAAACUACCGGAAAUCCCAGUCGAAGAAGCUGUAGCGACCGACGUCUGUGUCAGCAAAACGACGAUUGUCGUUGGAGACAACUUGUUCCCGUCUCACUCUUCUUUCUCAUGUCAUGAGAGAAGAGAUCAAUUCACCAAAUGUGCUCCUCGCAACCUAUUGCCCGUCCAUGCGUAAAUUGGGAGUAGAAACAUUGUAGCGUCUCUCAGUCACAGUUGCAUACUUGGGAGAUGGCGGCUAGUUUUGUUAAGACGGUCAAAGAAAGGACAGACGACGUGAUCAUCCGUCUGCUUCAUGCAAGCCAAAAGUGGGAUCUAAUUGUCAUUUCACGUUUGUACCAAUCUAACUUGUGAUUUCUUUUCACCAAGGUUUGAUGCUUCCGUUAGCCCAUUGUCACGCGACACACGUUUUGAUGUCAAUGUGGCAGCGUUUUUCCCCAAAUACGCUAAAACCACACUGGUGCAUUAUUGAGUCGGGGUAAUGCCAAAUGGAAGGAAGGGCCAGGCGGAGUGCCGCCGCCGCCGCCGUCGUCGUUUGUUCCAGGUUGAAGGUCCCAUGUUGAAGCCGUUUGCAAUGUCGACCAAACAAAGGCCUCUUCUGCUUACUUGACAGUACGUAGCGGCAUCAUUGACGGGCCUUGAACGUACGUGCGGGCGUGCGUGCCUGGAACGCAAAUUAUUUUCCCUCUUGCAAUUGCGGCUGGUUUUUCCACAGUAGAAAUUGGUCGGCUUCGUAUGACAUCGUAAAUGUGAACUUUAUUCAUUUGGGCUACGGUGGAGGUGAAAUGACAUAGAUGAUGGGCAGCUUUCUCACAGUCGUUCUAGUUAACAAUUCCACCCGUUAAUUUAGUACUAGUCACACGUGUACUCGCGUGUAAGUUGUAAUGUUUUCCUUAAGACGAGUGAGCAUGUUUACGAUUUGACUGUAUUGCGUUUUAUUUUGCUUUUGUAAAGGUACUACUAAGACCCCGUUAUGAAGUUCAUUAGAAAAGCAUUUUGUAAGUUAGCUAAAUGUUGAUGAAUUGGAGGGAAACAUAUGACAAGUGCAGCUAAGUUUUCUUUCUCCUACAAAGGUUUGAUUUCAUGUCACUUAGUAUAUGUCAUGAUAAUGGUGAAAUGCUCGUAUGGUGAAGAUGAGGCCACUGGGGGGUGAGAAAAAUAACGAUUGCGUGUGUGUAUAUAUCUUCCCUUUGUGUAAAUAUGGAGAACAAGAUUGUUCAAUAGUAAAUAAAUGAUCAAAGCAGCCAAUCCAAAUGAAAAUGGAAAUAUUGCUGCCUUUAAAUGACAAGAAUGGGAAUAGCAGAUUGCACCCCAAGCGCUAGGCGGAUGAACACUUUCCUUUUUUAUUUUGCUAAGGGUCAAAACUAAAAGAUCAUAGUACCUUUCAUAAUGAUUGUUUACUACUUGUAUUUAUUUCAUUUGGACUCUUUUGUUUCUCCAUAAAGUGUAGAUGCUAACUUGAAGCUUAUGGAAAUGAAAUUGCACUUAAAACAUCUAAAUGACAAAUGAAAAGUUUGCGCUUCUAAAUAAUAAGGUUGACAUUCUUGUGUUGAAAAUGCCUUGACUGGUUUCAGUGUGUGCUUUGAACUGGUGGCUAUUUGUGUUUUCUUCUCUUUCCGCUCAACUAAUGUUGCAUUCAGAGGUGUUGAUGGAGAAGCAACGGCACUGAUGCGCCGAUGCAAUGAUGCUUUGCUUUGCUUUGCUUUGCCUUGCUUUGCUUUGCUUUGCUUUGCUUUGCUUUGCUUUGCUUUGCUUUGCUUUUGCCAUCCAUCCAUCCAUCCAUCCAUCCAUCCAUCCAGCCAGCCAGCCAGCCAGCCAGCCAGCCAGUCACAGAAAUCAAUUUGGAGCAUGGGCAAAGAGUAGUAACUCUGAAAAUGGUCCCAUGCCAAAAGCCUUGCCUGUGUGCAUUGCCGCUCCUAUUGUAUUGUGCGGAAGCAGGCGCGCCAAGAGUUUCUGUCGCUCGUCUCCAACGAGCCUCGAAAACAAACGACGCCGUUAUUUGAAUUUGUGCACAAUUUCCUUUUGAGUGGGAAGCGCCGCUGCUGACGACAAAGCAUUGCCAUUUUCAACGCCUCUGAAUGCAGCUCGGCUCGGCCGAUAAUUGUGACGCUCUUCUCGGGCCUUUUUCACUGGGUGGAAAUGAAAGGAAGUACUACUUCAACUGAUUUGUUGUCCGUUCCAGCUGCAACUAGCUCGACUUGUUUCUCAGAUUUGGACAUUUCUGAAAAGCUCCGUUGAACGCACUUCAAACAUAUCUACCUGGAUAAUUCAGCAUACAUACCUCUUUUUGUGGGUAACGAUAGACUGUACGUAGUUUCCGUGGCGUUGUUUGUAACUUUUUACCCUUUGAACAUUCUUGUAUUUGUACCUUUUGACAUGUUCUCCUUUUUUUUGAGUACCUGCAACACGACUGUUCUAGGCAGAUUCAGCACUCUUGAUUUCAUUUUGUACCUCUGAAUGUUCAAAUGGCACAUUUAGUUUCGAGAAGAUUUCUUUGGUAAAUGUGCAACACGUCACAUUCCUUUGGUAUGAAAACAUGAGACGAAACCUUUUUUUUUUUUUGUCGAGGAAUAAAUAAAACAAAAAGCAUGGUU